UCAGCCCCCACCUAAUCUCCUCUCCUCCCCAAAUAUAUUUUUCCCAUCUAUCCAAAGUCAGCGCCUCCUACUUUCUAAGCACCCAUCACCAAACCAUACAGUCUAAGCAACAAUUAUAUAUUUGAUCACCCUUUUAAAUCAUACUUUCUAUUUACUCUUAACUUUUUUAAGUAAGUUUUAUUUUAUUUUUAAAUAUGAUGAUGGGAGAAUUGGAAAUGAAUGAUUGUUGGUCUUUAAUAGCCGUUGUGAAAGAAUGUGCUAGAAAAGCUCAACUUAGAGCUCAACUUACCAAUAUUGACGGUAUUCCACCAGCAAUCAUAGACUCUAUUACCCCUCAAAAAUCCAAUUCUCUCGAAAAUGAUUCUCCAAAAAUAUUUUUGGGUGAAUUUAUUUCGGAUAUUAAAUCUAAGAGUAAUGAUAUGUUAUCAUCGAUAGUAAGAGUGGCAGAAAUUUCUGCCACUCCUAGUGCUGAUUGUAACAAUGACAUAUUGAAAAACGAGUUUAAAGAUACAUAUAAAUCUUUUUUAGUCUCUAAUAAUAAUCCUAAUUCUGUUAUUUGUUAUACCAAUAAAAUUCCCAUGGUUGAUCCAAGUGAAUUGGGUUGUAAUUUAUUAGUUCAUCAACAAAAUUCUCAACAAGCUCAGCAAAGAAAUGUUCAGAAGCAAGAGUCCUCUGCUCUUGGCGUGGGUCAACCCUACACCCAUAAGAAAAAGAAGUUUGAGGAUAGAAGGGUUGUGAGAUUUACAUUAGAAGAUCUAGCAACAAAUGAUAAAUGGGCAUGGCGUAAAUAUGGCCAAAAACCCAUCAAAGGCUCCCCUUAUCCAAGGAACUACUAUAGAUGUAGUAGCAUGAAAGGAUGCAAAGCAAGAAAACAAGUGGAACGGAGCCCCGUAGACCCGCAUAUCUACAUAGUUACCUACACUAGCUACCAUUUUCACUCCUGCCCACCACUUCGCCAUACCAAUGGGUCCCGCCUCAAAUUUACCGGGUCUAACCCAAUUCCACCACCCGAGAUAAAUUCCCCUAGCACCGGUACCAUACCCGAUCCAAGUACUCCUGGGUACGGAUCCGGAUCCGGGUCCGGUCUAAGUGGUAGUAACGUGGUGAAUGUUACGGAAGAAGAUCUGCUUGAUGCUAAAGAAGAUGAUUAUAGUGGUGCCCAUGAUGAGAGUUUUGGUAGUGGAGUAGUGGAUGAAGAUAAAAAUGAUUAUGAUAUUUUGAUUCCAAAUGCGAUGGCGGAUUCGGAUCUUUUGACGGGUAUGGAUCACCUAAGAAGGGAUAACUUGAAUAGUAAUACUAGUGCAAAUUACUUAGUUAGCCAUGAUAAGAUGGAAGUAAAUAAUGGAGGAUAUGACCCGAGUCUAAAUAUGGAAGUCCAUGUAAAUGAAAAUGAAUCCGGGUAUGGUAUUGGGAUCGGCAAAAAAUAUGCUUCUGCUCCAAUAACAUCGGCGGGGGCGCUUGACCCGGCGAAUAGUAUGGGCCAGAACAUUUGGGAUAAUGGGAUGAUCAGGACUCGAGGUUUCUUUUUUUAGUCAUCCUCUAGCUACUUGGUAGCAUGACCUUACUAAAGAAAGCAUUAUUUAAUAAUACAUCUUUCGUUUUAAUAUACUUAUAAUGACAGUGACAUUUUCUCAUAUUUAAUAUCAUAAACAAUUGCAAGUAUUUUAAAACGGAGAUAAUAGUAGUAUAUGUAGUAUCCUAAAACUAGUGAGAGAUAAAAUAAAAAAGAAAAUUAAAGAAAAAUUAUAUGGUGCAUGUUUUUAAAUAGAUGUUAAUUUCAAAGUUUUUUAUCAAACAUUCUUAAAUUUUGAAGU